ACGUGUUAUUUUCUUGUUACGUUGUCAAAAAAAUUGCUACGACGAGUGAAAGCUGAAAAGGCUUUAACAAAUAUGUUGUGUUAUAAUUGAUUUUAACUGGAACAUAUUAAAAGUGCAAUAAAGUGUCAAGAUGGUUUUAGCAGAUUUAGGACGUAAAAUUACGUCCGCCCUGCAAUCUCUCAGCAAGGCGACGAUCAUCAAUGAAGAAGUUCUCAAUGGCAUGCUUAAGGAGAUUUGCGCGGCUCUCCUGGAGGCCGACGUUAACAUUCGUCUCGUCAAGAAAUUGCGAGAAAAUGUACGCGCAGUCAUCGAUUUUGAGGAGAUGGCUAGUGGAUUAAAUAAACGCCGAAUGAUUCAAAGUGCAGUAUUUAAAGAACUUGUUAAACUUGUGGAUCCAGGAGUUAAACCUUUCCAGCCUAUCAAAGGCAAAUCAAAUGUAAUUAUGUUUGUUGGUCUGCAAGGCUCAGGCAAAACUACAACUUGCACAAAAUUAGCUUAUCACUACCUGAAGAAAAAUUGGAAGUCAUCUUUGGUGUGUGCAGAUACAUUCAGAGCUGGUGCUUACGAUCAAGUUAAGCAAAAUUGUACCAAGGCUAGAAUUCCAUUUUAUGGAAGUUAUACAGAAGUAGAUCCUGUUGUGAUUGCACAAGAUGGUGUGGAGAUGUUUAAAAAAGAAGGCUUUGAAAUUAUUAUUGUGGACACAAGUGGAAGACACAAACAAGAAGAUUCAUUGUUUGAAGAAAUGUUAGCAGUUGCAAACGCAAUUAGGCCUGACAAUAUUAUAUUCGUCAUGGACGCGACGAUAGGACAAGCUUGUGAAGGACAAGCGAAAGCCUUCAAAGAUAAAGUGGACGUAGGUUCGGUUAUCAUCACAAAAUUGGAUGGCCACGCAAAAGGUGGUGGUGCGCUCAGUGCUGUUGCAGCAACAAACAGUCCAAUUAUUUACAUCGGUACCGGUGAACACAUCGAUGACCUGGAACCGUUCAAAACAAAGCCAUUCGUGAGCAAACUGCUCGGAAUGGGUGACAUUGAAGGGCUCAUAGACAAAGUGAACGAACUCAAACUCGAAGAUAACGAGGAACUCCUCGAGAAAAUCAAGCACGGUCAAUUUACAAUGCGCGAUAUGUACGAGCAAUUCCAGAACAUUAUGAAAAUGGGACCGUUCUCGCAGAUCAUGGGAAUGAUUCCCGGAUUUAGCCAAGAUUUUAUGACAAAAGGCAGCGAGCAGGAGUCGGUCGCUAGGUUAAAACGCCUUAUGACUAUUAUGGACAGCAUGUGCGAUAACGAGUUGGACAAUCGUGACGGAGCUAAACUGUUUUCCAAACAAGCCGGACGUGUGACAAGAGUGGCGCAAGGUGCUGGAGUGACAGAACGUGAAGUGAAAGAACUGAUCACACAGUAUUCCAAGUUUGCUGCAGUAGUGAAGAAAAUGGGUGGUAUUAAGGGUUUAUUCAAGGGCGGCGACACAGCCAAGAAUGUCAAUCAAGUGCAAAUGGCCAAGCUGAAUCAACAAAUGGCGAAAAUGAUGGAUCCGCGCAUUUUACACCAGAUGGGUGGUCCGUCUGGUCUUCAGAAUAUGAUGAGACAGUUGCAAGCUGGUGCGGCCGGCGGUCUGGGUGGAUUAGGCAACUUAAUGAGCGGUUUGGGAGGCAAAUAAAGAUAAAUUAAUUUUAAUUAUGGAUUUGAAUUAAGGUACUUGUUCAACUGAAAAUUGAUUUUGAUAUGAAAAUAUAACGUCAAAUAAGUAUACAAAUAUAAUAUCUAA